UCAUCUUCAUUCAAAAACAAUUUUGAGCCCAAGAAAACAUGUUUGGACAGGCUGUCAUUAGAUUUUAUCGCAGGGAAUGUUUCAUCACUGGCUCAAACGGAAAGACUACUCUUCGACAGGGGACACUGCAGAAAGCGUUCCACUUUGCUUCAAAACGGGCUGCUAAAGUUCCUACUGCUCCUAGAGGUGAACGCUCCUGCCCACCAGCACCACCUUCCAACACUCGUUCUACAGUCGCUCUUACCUCUCCUUGGCCCUGGCGACCCAUAACCCCCUCGUCAAGACUCCCGGCGCACACCAUUUUGGAAGAGCGAGUCAUAUAUGCAAGACCGCUUUCCUUUUCCCCUAGAAGACAUUUGUUCUUGGGAUGUACUCUGGCUGGAUGCGGUGUCAUGUUUUGGAUGAUGCCUGACAAGCCGAGAAUGGCUGAUUGGUUCAGCGAAGACGUAGGACUGUUCAGGAGGAUACUUGGCACUAUCAAUAACUACCUUUUCCUCGAUCUUCCUCCUUUCCUUGCUCUUGCUGGUACCACUCUGGUCGCCUAUAGAAUCUUUUUCGCAACAGGUCGACGAGUGACCAGAUUAUCUCAAAUUCGAACGAGGAGUGAUGGUGUGCAGGACAUUCAGACUAAGACUACCUUGAGGCUUCAAACAGGUAAACAAGACUUAUGGGGCAAGAAUUCCGGAGUCAGAGAUCUGGAUAUUGCAGACCUCAGGGUGGAGGCAGUACCAGGCCGGGCUGGCAAGGGUUACCUCUCUUUAACGCUUCGCCCAGAAGCAAUUAAACACAAAUGGAUCGAGCGCAGGCCUUAUUACAUGGAUUUUAGAAACUCUAGAUUUGUAGCGGAGACGGAUCAGGAAGUCGUCAUGUCGUUGAAUAGGGUUGAACAUGUUUUCGGUAAGGUGCAGGGGGCGUGAUGACGAAGAAGUACCUGAUUUCAUCCCCGAAUACUCAUAUAUCACAUUCGA